CUCUUACCUCCUUGUUGUCCACUUUUCCGCCUGGUUUCUCGCUGAGCGAAAGCCUUUCUACCUUCAAACCCACUCUACUUUCUCUGAUACAUAGAUUUUGUCGUUGCAAAUAAGCUAUUUCGUCGCCAAAAUGGAUAAGAUCAAGGAGAGAAUGAACGCCCUCCGCCUCGAGGCUGAUGAGGCCCAGAACAAGGUGGAAGAGCUCAAGGCUAAAGUGAAGACCCUGGAGCAAGAGAAUUUGGCAAAGGAACAGGAGAUCACAUCCCUCAACCACCGGAACCAGCUUUUGGAGGGUGAGGUCGAGAAGCUCGAGGCUGCGCUUAAGGAGGCCAAGGAGUCUGCCAACCAGAGUGCUCAGCACGACACUCAGAACGAGGCCCUUCAGAGACGGGUGCAAUUGCUGGAAGAAGAGGCCGAGGAAGCUGACCGGAAUUUGCGGGAGACAAACGAGAAACUUCGCCAAACCGACGUUAAGGCUGGCCAUUACGAACGCAAGGUGCAGGCUCUGGAAGCCUCUCGUGAUCAGUGGGAGAGCAAGUAUGAGGAGAUGGCCAAGAAGUAUGCUGAGUUGCAGAAGGAUCUCCACGACCUGGAGGUCUCUAUCAGCAAUGUGUAAAGAUAAUCUCGCACAUCGGCGUACACUCGGAAAGAUAUUGGAUCCAGCCUUUGUUCCAACGGAUAUCAGAUUUAGUCGCAAAUCACAGCCUUCCUUGCUAUUCUCUUUCUCGGCAGGAACCAAUUUAAUAGGUUCUCUUUCGCCCUUGUCAUCUCAUGCUGGAGAUCGGCUCGUCUUUGCAGCUUGGACCCUUUCCUGUCCUUUACAUAUAUCCAUUGUUUGAGGUACAUAGAGCAUAUUUAAUGGAAGUUGUCAC